AUGUCCGAUGGAUACUAUCCUUCUAAGAAGACGGACGAUAUCUGCGAAGAUGUUUGUGGACAGGAUGGUUCUAGAGCAGCAAAGGCAUUCUCAAGGGUUAGAUGUGUGCUACGGGGACUCGAUUUCAAGACAUAUAUCUUCUGCUUCACCAUUGUACCGAUAUUCAUCUUCGGAGUUUACUUGCACGGUCAGAAGCUCACGUAUUUCUUGAGACCGCUUUGGGAAUCGCCACCCAAGCCGUUUCAAACGCUUCCUCAUUACUACCACGAGAACGCCUCCAUGGAGACGCUCUGCAGUCUUCAUGGCUGGAAGCACCGUGAAUCUCCAAGAAGGGUCUUUGAUGCUGUGUUGUUCAGUAAUGAAGUCGAUAUGCUCACUAUCCGGUGGAAAGAGCUGUAUCCUUACAUUACUCAGUUUGUGGUUCUUGAAUCAAACUCGACUUUCACUGGUUUGCCUAAACCGUUGGUUUUUGCUGGAAACCGAGGAAAGUUCAAGUUUGUUGAGCCUAGGCUGACUUAUGGGAACAUCGGAGGAAGAUUCAAGAAAGGGGAAAACCCGUUUGUUGAAGAAGCGUACCAGAGGAUUGCAUUGGAUCAGCUGAUCAGACUUGCGGGUAUUGAAGAAGACGAUCUGUUGAUAAUGUCUGAUGUUGACGAGAUUCCGAGUGCUCAUACCAUCAAUCUGCUAAGAUGGUGCGACGGGUACCCACCGAUUCUUCACCUUCAGUUGAAAAACUACUUAUACUCGUUCGAGUAUUUCGUGGAUAACAAAAGCUGGAGGGCUUCAAUUCAUCAAUACAAGCCUGGGAAAACCCGAUACGCUCAUUUCCGUCAAGGCAACAUUCUUUUAGCGGAUUCGGGUUGGCAUUGCAGUUUCUGUUUCAGGCACAUCAGCGAGUUCAUAUUCAAGAUGAAAGCGUACAGCCACAACGACCGUGUCAGAUUCUCUCAUUACCUAAACCCGAAAAGAAUCCAAGAUGUGAUAUGUAGAGGAACUGAUCUGUUCGAUAUGCUCCCUGAAGAGUAUACAUUCAGGGAAAUCAUCGGGAAACUAGGUCCAAUCCCUCGGUCUUAUUCCGCUGUUCAUCUCCCAUCUCAUCUGAUCGAAAAAGCUGAGAGUUACAAAUACUUGUUACCGGGGAACUGCAUACGGGAAAGUGGCUGA